AUGUUACCACCUCUCCCGUCCCAGAGUCCCAUUGUCCUGGGGCUGCAAGGCUGUGGUCAGCCAGCCAGCCGGCCAGGCACGCAGAAGGCCCGGGGCAGGGGCAGCCCCUCAGCCGGGAGCAGUGGCCGGGGGUCGGGGAAUCCUGGCCCGCCCCCCCCCCCCGCUCCUUACCUGGGGGAGCAGUGUUUGGGGGAUCGCAGCGGUCCCUGCGGCUGCCUUCCCGGGUGGAGGCUCGGGGCAGGGCCCAACCAGGAAGAGCGCUCCUCCCCGCCCUCCUCCUGCGGCUCCUCCGCCCUCCUCUCCCCCUCCCUCCGCCCCCUUCCCCUUCCCCUCCCGGGCUCCGACCCCGGCUUCCUCUCCGCUCUCCUUUACCUCUCCGCCACCUUCAGUGACUGUCUCUCUAGCGGCGUCUCCCCGCCCCUCCCGCCGCGGCCAGCUCCGCGAGAGGACGAAUUAGUAAAAGGCGGAGUUGUCCCCCGGGAGGGGCCGCCGGGGCCCAGACGGAAGGGCACUGCGGGGGAGGAGGAGGGGAGGAGAAGGGAGGGGAGGGGUGCAGAGAGGGCAGGGCCGGGGGUAUUUUUAACCCGGGGCAGCUGCUCGGGUUGCAGGGCCGGGCGGCCCCACCCCACGUGGCGCCCCCGGAGGGCAUUCCCGGCCGCUCGAGCCACCCCGGGCCGGCCCCCCAGCCCCCGGCCCCCCGGGGGGCCGCACCUCGCCGCGCCCCGCCCCGCCCCUGCGCGUCCCCAGCGCGGAGCCGAGAUUACCUCAGGCUGCGGCAGCCGCUCGCAGGAGGGGCCCGGCCGGGCGCACCCCUGCGGGACGCUCGGCCACGACCGCGGGGGCCCCGCCGCAGCCCGGCUCCCGGGUCCGGUCGGCCACCCCGCCCCGGCGCCCCCACCCCAUCCUCUGCGGCUCGGCGCGUCCCCCACCCGGGGCCCCGGCUCGCCGCGCGACCCUGGGCGAGUCCCUGCCCCUCUCGGCCUCGGUUUCCCGUUUGCGCCCCGAAGGGCACGGAGCUGGGCAUUCCACGGCACCACUGCUGACAUGCACCACUGCUGACAUCUACGGUGUCAUGAGGGUGACAGCCAUGAAUACUGCAUCCCACAGACGGGGCAAUCCCCAUGAUCUCUCUAGUGGGCUUCAAGCGCUCUAGUUAAAGAUCGGUGCGGUAUCUGUCCCGUACUGUUGACGAUAUUAUCAAAAGUGAUGUUUCCACCGUG